GCUUCGAAGCCGCAGAACCUGAAACUGGUCUCAGCCAGCGCCACCAGCCUCUCCUUCUCUUGGCUGUCGCAGGAGAUCAUGAAAGGCAAGAUCUCGGUCUGCCUGCUCCAACUGACGCCGUUGCCGGACUUUCCCAGAGCCGGACCGAUCACACUCCACUGGCCACCCCUCAACAUGGCAAUCGUAACCGAGGGCCUUAUCCACGAGACCAAGUACAGUGUCACGGUAACCGAGGGAGCAAAGGCGUCGAUAGACGGUCUGACCUACAAUUACGGGCCCCCGAGCGAUCCGAUUGUCGUCACGAUGCCGCCAGGAAGUGAGUCCCGGUCGACUGGUGGGAAGACGAGUCGCGGUGUUGCCGGUUGA